AUGGCCUUUGUUGACCUCAGUCUGGAAAGAGGACUAGAGAUUGGACCAGCAAUCAAUGAAGCAAUCGAGCAGUCGAGGAGUGCCAUUGUUGUCAUCUCUCAGACCUACGCCUCCUCGCCGUGGUGCCUGGAGGAGCUGGUUAAGAUCCUCGAGUGCAUGGAAAAGAAAGGCCAUCUGGUGUUCCUCAUAUUUGUGGAUGUCAACCCCAGAGAGAUGCGUGAGCAAUCUGGACCAUUCAAGCGGAUAGGCCAAAGUGAGAAGGGUUUCGGGCAGGAAAAUGCCAAUAAGGUCUGGAGGUGGAGAGACGCUCUCCGAAAAGCCGGCAAUCUCACCGGUUGGUCUCUCGGGAACAGACUUGAAGCUGACUUCAUCCAAUUCAUUGUGAAGCAAAUCUCAAUAAGACUAAGCUGCUCACACAAAGACCUACUUGCUUUCCAUCCAGUUGGGUUAGAUUCUCAAGUACAAGCCUUGUGCUCCUUACUCCAAUUAACAGUUGAGGAGGUCCGAAUCGUGGGGAUUUCCGGCGCUAGGGGAAUAGGAAGGACUACACUUGUGAGAGCUCUAUACUACCGAAUUGCAAAUCAAUUUGAUCGAAGUUGCUUUCUCGCAAAUGUGAAGGAUAUAUCGAGCCAAGAGGGCCUCCUCAAAAUGCAGGAGACUCUUUUUGGUGACCUUCUCAGCAAUGGAGAUUCGGAGAUUGGCAACGAUAUAUAUGAAGUAAUGAACUUGAUGAGGAGUAAACUUCACAACAAGAGGCUUCUAUUGGUAUUUGAUGAUGUUGAAGGGUUGUUAGAGCCACUGAGACACCUGAUCGAGUCAAUGAACUUUGCCUUGGGGAGUAGAGUCAUUUUGAUCCCUCGACAUGAAGAAACCUUAAUUGGUCUAUGCAGAGAUAUCUAUGAGGUAAGAGCGCUGAAUGAUGAUCAAGCUCUUGAGCUUUUUAGUUGGAAUGCAUUCCAAGAAAUGUAUCCGAAAAUUGACUAUAGGAUGCUCUCAAAUUGCUUCGCGAGUUUUUCUAAAGGCCUUCCUUUGGUGCUAACUGUGAUGGGUUCUUUCUUUAGUGGCAAAAGCAUCACAGAAUGGCAAAGAGCUUUUGAUCGAUUGAAAGAAAUCCCUCAUGGAAAGGUUCAUGACAUACUGAGGAUUGUUAUCGAUGGCUUAGAGGCUAAUGAGAGAACGAUUUUUCUUGACGUCGCAUGUUUUCUAAAUGGAUAUGACAAAGAAGUGAUCAUCAAGUCUCUAGACCAAUGCAAUGUCUAUGCCACUAGUGGGAUUGAUAUUCUAGCUCAAAAUUCACUCAUAUACAUUGAUGAAAAUAACAAGAUAUGGAUGCAUGAUUUGCUUCAAGAAAUGGGCAGACGAAUCGUGAUUCAAGAGUGCCCUGAAAACCCCAGCAAGCGAAGCCGAAUUUGGCAUCAUGAGGAUGCUCUACGAGUGGUUAGUCAAAAUUCGGGAACAAAUGCCAUUGAAUGUAUUAAACUAGACAAGGUUGAUGUAGAAGACUUGAUCUCGAAUGCAGACUCAUUCAAAAAGAUGAAGAAACUCAGGCUAUUCAUGAUGGCUGAUCUUACUCCUCAUUGUGGACCGGCCGGACAUCUAUCGGAAAAAUUGUGGAAGUGUUUCGCACGGAACAACAAUAAUAUGUCGGCGUGGUGGGAGGCUCUGGGGAAGCAAGUUUCAAAGUUUUGGUAUCCCAUCAUCUUUGAGUACCGACCAUUGCUCGAAUACUUUGUCUACUUGACACUUAACCUGUUCGAGUUGCCCUUCGAGUAUAGACACCUACGGUUGCCCAGUACCUGCCACCACCCAGGUUUCUUCCGAAAGAAAUGCCCUGAGAAAGGUUGUCGCAUCCCUCGAGAAAGGUUGGGUAACCAUCCGGUGUUCUUGACAGAGAUCAGACACCAACAAACAGAUGCCUUGAGAAAGGUCGGUGCAUCCCCCGAGAAAAGUCGGGUAACCAUCUGGUGUCCUCGACAGAGAUUAGGCACCAACAAACAGAUGCCCUGA